AUCACGCUAAAUCCAAAAAACCAACAAUGAGGAGUAGUAUUCUGGUGUUGGCAUUCGCUUUGGCGGCUGUCUCAGCCUUGCAGCUGGAGGAGCCGGUGGAGCAGGAUGUUUCCCUGCAGGAGUUGGCCAAGGAGCUGGGUCUCGAACUGAACCUGGACUUCGACCUGAACCUGGGAUUCAACCUGGAGGACGAGCUGGCCGAGGAGGGCAGCGUGGAUGUGGACGAGUUCGCCGUCCUGGACCGCAUGACGCGCUUUUUGAUCGCCGAAUCGAAGGCUCUGGCCAAGGAGAUCAUCCUGCUGACGGAGCGCCAGCUGCUGAAGAUCUUCCUGUGGCCGCUCAGGGAGCUGGAGAAGCUGGCGGACGACCUCGAGAGGCGGGCACUGGACGCGGGCGAUUGUGCCAUCAAUGUGUCCUCCAGCUCGGCCGAAAUGGUGGCGUCCACCACCCUGGACUUCCUGGGUUGCGCACGCGACGCCGCCCUCACGUCCAUCAACCUGGUGCUGGACACCAAGAAGGCGGUACUCCAGCUGACCAUCGAUGGCUACCAGCUGUACCGCCUGCGGAGGGAAUGCAACAGCUACAAGGACACCAGCAUUCGCAAGAAGACGUGCAAGGCCAUGCUCACCGCCAAGAGCCUGCUGUACGUGGCCAAUGGACAGGCUUCGCUGCGCCAUCUGAUCAAACUCCGGAAGAGCGUACCCGCCGUGGCCACCGAUGCGACCAGCUGCACCGCCAAGUCCACCGAGAACGCCAUCCGCGAGUUCGAGGCGCUCAACGCCGCCAUCGAUGCCUGUGGCGCCAAAUUUUAAAUUUGAAUUUU